GCUCUGACAAAAACAAGGGCUGGGGCUUUAAGCGAGUGGAGCAGUGUGUUCCAUGCACAGGCUCUUUCUCCAUUUGAAACAAACAGCAUUUAAUAAUACUUUCCCUCAUUUUUAGAGAGAGAGAGAGGGGAAAAGCUCAUCAUGUUCAGGGUUAAUUCUUCCCAUCAGCUCUACAAAAUGUUUUUCUCUUUGCACGUUGUUUUCCUGAGCGUGGCCAUUGUGCACAGCAGCGCAUCAAACGGAGAACAGAAAGACUGUAUGAGAUCCAGUGGUGUGGACUACCGAGGAGAACAGCAGAGCUCCUCCUCAGGUCUGACCUGUCUGAACUGGAUCAAUACUACAAGGGACUAUGAUGUUGAAAUCCGUCCAGAUUCACAGACAGGUGCUGGAGAUCACAAUUACUGCCGAAACCCAGACGCCUCUGAAAGGCCUUGGUGCUACAUUGCUGGCCCAGAUGGGACGAUUCAGAGACAAUUCUGUGCAAUUGAAGCAUGCAAAGAGCAAACUUCAGCUGUGCCAGAAGAGACUGAAUCCCUCAACGCAACAGGAAGCACAUCCUCCACACAGAGCUUCCAGCCGGUGAGGUCGGGAGCUUCUCAUGGAGAAAUCGCCGCCGUGCAGCCAGUGAUGGGAAUCAGCCAGCGAGUGCGCACAGGACCUAAAAAGAAGAAGGAUCUUGGGACUCUCGGCUAUGUCCUUGGCAUCCUCAUGAUGGCCAUCAUAAUCGUUCUUGGAGUGGGCAUCACAUUUGGCUACUUCUAUAAGAGGGGUCGAGACUUGAAAAAGCAGCAUGAGCAGCGAGUGUACGAGCGUGAGAUGCAGAGGAUCACCUUGCCCCUGUCAGCCUUCUCCAAUCCCACCUGUGAGCUCAUAGACGAGAACACCAUUGAAAUCACAGCAGAGCAUGAGACCAGCCCUGUGCAGGAGGGCGGAGACCCUUUAAUGGGCCAGCACGCUGGCACGCCUGGAGCAUGAAUAGACAUGUAGUCCUCCAACAGGACUGUGAUAUGUUUUGUUAUUGUUCUUUUUUUUUUGUGGACCAAAACACUCCCAUUUUCUGGUUUCUCCUCUUCACCUCCUUGAGUGACCUCGAUUGAAAAGGAGCUGAGGAGCAGUGUUGACUCCAAAGAAUUUCUUGGUGUGUCCGCUGUUUCUCUUCUCCUUCUUUCCUUUCAAUGGACACAGUUUUAACAACCGGAUCCACAAAGGAAAAUCUGUUUUUAAUGAGGACAUGCCACGAGCUCUUUAAUAUUCAUAUCUGAUUAUUUUAAGAGGUGACAAAAUGAGGUCACAGGCUCUCUCCUACAUAAAAAAUAGCGUGAACAUCGAGCCAGAUGGAUUUUGACAAGUCAGUGUUUGAUAAAACCAGGUCUUAAUGAACAGACGGUGUUUGGAACUGUCGAUAAAUCUUUUGUUUUCCAAAGAAGAAGUGAUUACACAAUGAGUAUGUGCUAGACUUUGACCUGUGUGGCACACUGUCUGUGCUGAGGGAGACGAGAGCCAUGUUUGUAUAAAGACUUUUUUGUCUUUGACACACACUGGUUACACAGAUGUGUCUCUGAAAAUAGUCAUCCUCCCCUGUGACAGGAUGCAUGAGGUAAAACAGGCCCGCAAAAGACAAGGGAAGGCUUCCAGCUCAGAAACUGCCUUAGCAUGAUACUUAUGAAUGUAUUUUAUCCCAUUUGUACACUGCUGGGCCAGUGUAGGUGUAGGUUGAAAAACAAUGACGUUGUUAUUGACAGAAGUGAAAGAAGACUUGCCCUUUUCUUCCACAGGUUAAGGAGUGACAGGAAAUAUACAGUGCUCUCAGGAUGCAUGAGCACAGUAGUUAGUCCUCAGGACAACAGACAGGAUGAGAAAAGAAGAAAGCCCAAAGUCUGUCUUUGCAGCGCAGGAUAGUAUGUGUGUGUGUGUGUGUGUGUUGUGGUGAUGGAGCCUGGUGUCUAGAUUAGAUUCAGAUUUUUGAAUGAUUCACUUGAUGCUUCAGAGUUGACACAAGAAUGAAGUAGAGUAGGAACAGUCCUGAGUUUGGUGUUCCUCAUGUAAAACAUAAUUGCAUGUACAUGGUUACCUGCUGUAUGUUUGCCAUUCAGGGGCCAUUUUUCCAUCUUAAAAACUACUCAUUGAAAAAAAAAUGUAUGAAUGAAAGAAAUCAUCACAGAGAAGAUUUUGUCUCUUUCAUAAGGUGCACUGUUAUUUCUUACUGUAUGUUAUGUUUCGUUUGUCAUGUAGCAUGUAGUCACUCCAGCUCAUCUGGUUUUGUGGUUAUUGCUGGACUUUCAUCAUUGGUAAAUCAAUGGUUACUACUGCCUAAUUAUUUCAAGCAUCUGUUGUAGUUUGCAAUUAUUUUGUCAUAAGUUAUCAAAAUAAAAAAAAAAGUCCCAACAUUUGGUUUAGGCACUUGUAUUUGUAUGAAUGUUGCCGUUGCUAAGACUGAAAUAAAAGGAACUCAACCUGAA